CUCACCUGCCUGUUGGUUACAUGAUGGCCCACACUGUGGAACCACUGGCCAAGAAGAUCUGUAAAGGAGUUUUAGUAGUGGAAUUUGUGGGUGUUUUUGGAGCAUAUUUUUUGUUUAAUAAGAUGGACACAAGCCAAGAUGUCAGGCAAACAAUGAGCAAGAAAUUUCCCUUCAUCUUGGAAGUGUAUUACAAAUCCGUUGAGCCUUCUGGAAUGUAUGGAGUCAGAGAAUAAGAUGAAUAAAAAUGGUUGAAAAGCAAAAAUUAGCUGUUUGAGACCUUCAUCGGGGAGAAGAAAGGUGAGCACACAGUCCUGUAACCUCCUGGCCCCACAGAACAAAACAGGAACUUCUCUUGUGCCGUGGCUUACGGUCAUUUUCCACCCACUAUGCAGAUCGCCCGCUUUUGUUUGUUGCUUUCCUUCUGCAUUUA